CCUCGAAAAAAUUAUAUGUGGAACUUAUGAAUGGUCAGUUGAAAGGUUAGAAAUUAACUUCCAUAUGGUCAUUGGUUUAACUAUCCGACUUGUUUACUCUAUAGAAGUUAAAGAAGAGACCAAGCGAUUGGGAACAUCUUAUGAAAGUUUAAUUAGAAAGCACAAGAUUAAUGCCAUAGCCUUAAACCAACAAAUUAAGGAAUUGCAAGAAGAAGUAGACAAAUGGAAGAAACAGAACAUUAUAAAUCGAAAAAAAAUUAUCUCGAACAGCACAUCAGAAAUAGAAGAGGAAUCAAAUUCUUCAACUAUGGUCCGAUUUGUGGCGAACGAUUUAUCAGAAAAUGAAACGACUCAAUUUGCUGACCGGGGUCAAGAUAAUGAUAACCAAUUCAAAAAUUUGUAAGUUAACGAUACAAACGUAAACUGCACGGUAAACAGGUGUAGGGAUGCGUACAGGAUUUCAUUGGUGCUAAAUAUUAGAUAUCUUAGUAUUAUAUUUUUUACGUUUUAACAAUUUAAUGAAUUUAUCUUGUGUCCAAACUUCGAUAUUUUCCCGCAAUAAUGAUAACAUAACAAUUUCCAGUUUUUUCGCUGUUCAGCUGAUGUAAUUAAUAAAAUAAUGUAAAAUAAUGGAAUGGCCAACAAAGUAAUAAAAAUAAAAAAGAAUAUUGAUUUUCUUGCCCUUGCAUAAACAACUGCAAAUUACAGAAUGUAGUCAACAUUCACUCUCAAAGCUUUCUCGCGGUUAAAGCACCAUUACAGCACCAAAGUAUACCGGCCGAAAAUUCAGAAUUGGUAUUGCGGGCACUAGUACUGUGAGUGUUUUGCAUUUAAUUGAAAAAAAAUUGGAUUUUGAUUAUCUUUUAAGAAGCCUUUCCGCAAGGAUUGACGCAGGACCUCUUAAUUGGCUCUUUUGUCAUUUUUUGUGAAGCAUAUUUUUUUCUAAUACGUAAAUAUGCAAUUAACGGCUUUCUCGAGUAUAAUUAGUCUUCUACCUUUCUCUCCUUGCCAAGGAAUUUGCCAGGAGAGGGUUUUCUUUGAAGCUAAUAUAUAUAAACGGUAUAUAAAAGGUAUAAAAAAAAAAACUUAUAAAAAUAAAUGUGGUCGAGUUACAUGGUA